ACCUCUCUUGCUCCAUCUAUUACUUAUCGGACGGUAUCAGUGGUUGCGAGGGAAGCAAGUCAAUUUCUAGUUGCGGGAUGUUAUUCAUGCGCCUUCAGUCGGUCCCAAACUAUAGUCCCGGGCCAUUGGGGGCGUUGGAAGUAGUGAUUCAAAGGCUUGAGGUUUGCGACAUGGCACUACGUUGUUCGUUUCUUUGGUGUUUCUAAUAAAUCAGGACAAUAAGGGACCAUUUAAGUCAUUACGUUACUACUUUACUCAGCUGCCAUUGUCUGUGAAGGGAGAGAUCACGUGGGCUGCUGUAGUGAUGAUUAGCCUCUCGGUAUUACACAGCAGAGAGCGAGAUGCCAGGGUACCAUGGUGUAAUAUCAUGGACAUGCCUUAUGUUUUGGGAAUGCAAAAAAGCAAUUAAACUUAUAGUAUGUAAAGUUGAAGGCCUCUUUAUCAUGCUGUGUAAAACAUUGGAGAAAUAUUGUAUAUGAUAUUGCCCUUCACAACCAAUCAGAUCUUGGCUUUUGUUUUGUAACCUAUAGGUGCCUGGUGAAAUCUAAUUGCUGAUUGGUUGCUAGGGGCAACCUCAUUUUCUCUAAUGUUUUAAACAUCCCAAUUAAUAGGCCACAAUCAAUUCCCUUCAAGACUAUUCAUAGGCAGUGUAUGUUUUAUAUUUUGUACUCCCCCCAACACCUUCAUGUCAUGUAUUAGCUUGGAAAGAUUGGAAUGGUAUGACCAAUGGAAACUUGUCCCCUAGGGUGAUAAAUGACAUUUCACUAUUUUGAAGGACACUUUGCCUUAUUACAUAAUACUGAAGGUACAUUUUUGUAGAGGGGAAAUAAUGGUCUGGGGAUUUCCAUAGUUUGGGCUAGGGCCCCUGGUUCAAUUGAAAGUCUAACAGCAUAUAAUGAAAUUCUAGACAAAGCUUCUUACUUUAUGGCAAGUUUGGGGUAGGCCAUUUCCAGUUUCAGCACAAUAAUGGCCCUUGCACAAAGCAAGGUAUCUAUAGAAGGGAUUUGCUCAGAUGGGAGUGAAGAAUUUAACUGGCACCACAGAUCGCCUGUCUGAUCCCCAACAUAACUAAUGCUAUUGUGGCUGAAUGAAAGCAAAUUCCACUAACAAUACUGGAUAACCAACUUCAUAUUAAACGCGAAUUCCUUUAAUUGCAUGAAAAUUGGGACCCUGGAGCCAAAUAAAUUAGAUGGAGGCUCAGCCAAUUCAGCCUUUGUACAUACGGUACCUAUGUUUAUAUUCGGUUUGUGAAGAAUCAGCCAGUCCAAGUGUCUCAGCACAAAACAAGAAGACCCAUUCAGGUGUGCACACCUGAAAUUAAAGCUGAGAUGCUAAAAGAAGCCUCGGGUAGUGUAAAGUAACAGCAGCUGAAGCUCUUGGAUAUAUGACCACGCAUCACUGAAAAGAAUGGCAGAAUGUAGGGAAAGGCUCCACCCGGAGACAGCUGCCAUUCCCAAGAGGCUCCUUUUCUAAACAGAAGCAUAUGCACUGACGUUUGUUCCAUAAUGGAAGCGUUUGGGCCGGUGAUGUUGCAUUUGCUAUUAGCUGAAGAGGAGGAAGAAAGAGAGAGGAAGCAGCGGAAACAUAUCAGGCGGGCAGCUGUACAAAGACCCAAGGAUAAAGUCUUGCCUGUACGCAAGCCACCAGUACAUGGCAGGAGAAGGACACCAAAGCCACGUGUAUUUAGGGAAAGGACAGGCCUAGAAGUGUUUACAGAAGAGGAAAUUAUCCAAAGAUACAGACUCAACAAGAGUGCAAUUAAUGAGCUGUAUGAACUUAUAAAAGGGGACAUCGAUCCAUUGACCCAGCGGAGCCAUGCCAUUCCUGGCAUGGUGAAAUUGUUAAAUUGCCUACAUUUCUUUGCUUCUGGCUCAUUCCAGACGAGGACAUCCUCCAUCGGAGGGGUGUCCCAAUCGGCAUUUUCCAGAUUUAUGGGGCCAGUAAUAGAUUCAAUUAAAAAACACUUGAAAGCCUUUAUAUAUUUCCCAAAAGACAAAGCGGGAUGGCAAAGGGUAAAAAGGGGAUUCUACAGGAUUUCUGGAAUGCCACAUGUAAUGGGGGUUCUGGACUGUAUGCACAUUGCGCUUUCACCUCCCCAUGAAAGAGAGGAGCUUUACAGAAACAGUAAGGGAUUCCACUCUGUCAGUGUGCAAGUCAUAUGUGACAGUAAAGGCAAAAUUCUAAGUAUCUAUUCAGCUUUUCCAGGGAGCUCCCAGGAAUCUGUUAUUUUGAAGCAGACGUCAGUGUAUGAUGCGUUUAAGAAUGGAAAACUCCGCGGUGGAUGGCUGGUGGGUGGACCAGGAUACACCUGCCAUCCCUGGCUUCUGACACCAGUCAAAAAACCUACAACCACAGCUGAGCAUUCCUAUAAUGAAGCACAUACACGUAUACGUUCUGUUAUUGAGCGAACAUUUAGCUUGUUAAAAAGUCAGUUCAAAUGUUUGGAUAAGCCAGGUGGUGUGCUACAGUACAACCCAACCAAGGUGGCAGAUAUCAUUGUUGUUUGUUGCAUUCUACACAAUAUUGGAAUACAGCAUAAUAUUGUCGAGAACUUUGCUUGUGAGACAUACAAUGAUGUUUAUGAGCUUAAAGCUUCACUUGCAGUCGAACCUGAACUUGGAGACAAACCGCUGGCAGUUCGUGGCAGGAUAAUCACAGAUUACUUCUCUGGUCAUUCCUCGUGAUCUCAACAUGAUGCAGGUUGAGCAAUAUUUAUAUUCGUGCAGAGGAAUUAUUGUUGAAAAACAAGAUUAUUUUUGAGUAGGAAUGCUGUUUUUAUAUACUGAACUUGGUGUACCCACCCAAGGGUUCAUCUGCUCUAUAACAGUGAUAAAACAGGUCUUCAAAGUUGUCCACAGGAGCACUCCAUCUUGGAACUUGUUAGGUCUUGUUUAGUGUAAAGUCCAGACUAAGAUUCAGAAUAGACUCUGGCAUAUCAAGAGGCUCAAACAGCUCCCCCAAUCAGCCCAAUAAAUAUUCACUUAUCAGGGGCCAUUUUAUACAGAUUGUCAGUCCCGGCCUGGUGUCAGUGAUAUUGCACAUGCUCAGUGUGACCUGGGCACCAGGAUUAGGUGUUCUUAAAAAUCAUCACGCAAAUAAUUGAUAAAAAAAAACAAUUUAAAGACCAACUGAAAGCAGCAAGUAAGUUGCAGGUAAAACUUAGUCCCUUUGUAAAAUAUAUAAUUAAGCAAUUGAAUUCUUAAUGAAUCAGCUGAAAAUUGAG